CAUGAAAUUAAAAUUGGAUCGUCCAUCUAUCUACGUAUUUUUCAAAAUUCUUCAAAAUUGAGUCAUUUUCAUUUUACUAAUAAAUUGUAAGUAACCAUACUCAACGUUUUAUACAUUAAAUUGUAUUUAUUAAUUAAAAUGAAAGAAAAUAUGCCGAGAGAAGGCACAAAAAAUGGGACGGGACACAUUUUGCAAGAUUUACUUUCGUCCACCGUGCUAAUCGCUAGGUCAAAUAUUAUUCUUUCAAAGAAAGACCACCAGGAUUACGGGUUAAUUAGUGAAAAUACCGGAAUACUUGGGUCGUGUUGUAUCUGCUCUGAAUCGAGAAAUUUGCGUCCAAUUGCUACCCAGGAAAUGGACAUUCUUACCAAAUUCGUGCUAAAUGGGGGGCAAAUGUCCCUCAUUUUACAAACUGAGGAUUAUAGUGCAAUAUUUUGUUGUAAAAUUUGCUCCUCUGUCCUCCACUCGUUGGCCAAGUUGACCACGCAAAUUGAAAACAUUACGAUUUCCCUGCGUGCCGUUAUUUCCAGCAGGAGCCGAAUCUUUAGGAAAGUUAAAAGAGAAACUGAAAUUGAAUUGCCGGACGCUGGUUGUCAUGCUGACGUAGUGACAAAUCAUGGCGACGACCAAUUAACUGGAUUCGUUGAGGAGGAAGAAUUUGCCAUAAAGCUGGAGUCAAUCGAUAAGGAUGGCGAUGAUGAAAUCAGAGAAGAUCCGCUCUACAUUCCAGGUUUGUCAGAGGUGGCAAGAGGUCGAAAAUCGAAACGGGAACAUGUUUGUACAAUGUGUGGCAAAACCUUUGGAAGAUUUAGAACUCUUUUUAUGCACAUGGGCAACAGAAAUAUACAUCCAAAUACCCAUAUUACGGCACCCUCAUACCGUAAAGGAUUAGGAAACAAUCUCUUCUCCAACAAGCUGGACGCUUUCCAUGUCUGAAAUGUGAGAAACGAUUCAAUUCGGAAUUCAAUUUACGCCGGCAUACGCGCUAUGUUCACGAAAAGGCUGGAAAUGGUUAUCUCCGGAAGUGUGCCUGGUGCCCGGCCACCUUCAUGAA